AGGAGAAACAAUUUGGGAAAAAAGCUGUAGAAUUUUUUGGUACUAAAGUGAUAGGCUGCUAUUGAGAUGAUGAUGGAUGACUUUAGUGCUGGUGAUGAAAUGGAGGUAGUCACAUCUGAGGUUGAGCAACAGCCACAACUUUUGCCUUCAUCUCGUACCAUCACUGUCACCAACAGCGUAGGGAGCAUUGGUCCUGUUGUGUCAAGGUCUGCCCCUGGAAGUUUCAACAACAGCUUGUCAUCUCAGAAUGUACCAGUACUGCAGAUCACCAUUGUUCAUGCUGGCAACACCCACACCAUAUCUAAAGAUGAUCAGUAUGAGUACCAGUACAAGUCUGCUUCUGGUGAGAUCUCAUCACUGCCUUUUGACAAUACGGAUGAUGACCUCAUUGAGGUGUCGGAUGGGAACUCCACCUUCACGCUCAAGCGAUCCAUAGUUUACGACUACAGGAAGCAAGCUGAUUACUAUGGCGCAUUGAAGGUGUUUCGUGAACGCACCAAAGUGCGCCGCAACGGCAGGGAUGAAGUUGUCAUUCGUACAAGCCUCAUUCAAGUUCGUGUGACAGCAAAAGACAAGGAUGGCAAGAAGCUUGGUCCGCAUGAAAUACCUUCUUCUGUGGCCAAUACUCCUGGUAUCAUCCCUCCUGUUGAUCCAAAAGAAGUUCUGAAUUACAAACCUCCUACUGGUGCCAACAUGGUACCGAUCACUUUUGGAAACCACAUAGUUGAUAUAAACAAGAAAGCUAUUGAACAGUUUAAAAAGAUGAGUGGGGUCAACAGGGCACUUAAGGCGCAGCUUUCAAAGUUGUACAAGAGGAAGAAUGGAGUUGAUGUGCCAAUAACUGUGUUGAAGUUAUUUGCCUCUAACCGCAAAUCUGGGACUGUUAUGAAGACUAAGUCUUCACCCACUGAACCAGUCAAUGUUGUUAAGUGGCCUCCUCAAUCUUCUCUCCGUAAAACUGCAGUGAAAACAAAUACAAAUGUUCCUGAGGAGACAAUGGUUUCUGAAUCAGAUCUCAAGCAUUACCUGACGACCAAAAACACAGAACUCAACUGUGAACUUGCCCAACUUGGUCGCUCUUGGUGUCGUUACAAGCCUAGGGACACCACUGACACUGACACGUUACCCCAGGGUGACUUCGUACCACCUGAUAUGAAUGACAUAAUUCACACUGAUGCCCUCUGGAAUUAUCUCAUCAACUAUGCUAAAGAAAUUGAAAACCUCAUUGACUUUGAGUAUGAAAUCAAUGAGGAUCGUUGGCUGGAGCUCAAAAGAGCCUCAAACACUUUCCAUGUAAAUGGCGAGAUGUGGCCUGAUGUUGUUGUUAAGGUUGUGUACAGAAUGAACAAAGAAACUAAAGAGUAUGAAGUAACCUACUUCGUCAGGGUCUUGGGACGCCUCAUCAAAACCGGCGUGCUCAUGCGCGGUGUUGAUGUCAAUAACAUCAUUCAGCUUUUGGGGCACGAUCGCAAGAUCUGUGUUGGUGUGAUGGCCACGCCGUACCUGCAGCUACUGGACAAGAACGUUGAGAUGUGCCGCGUGCUGAAGCGCGAGGGCGUCCUGGUGCUUCAUCCUUUUGAGAGUUUACACAGCGAGAAGUGUUGUGGUCUGGUGCGUGACAUGUCACAGAGCCACUCGAACAGCUUCAGACGCGGCAGCGUGGGCGUGGAGGGAGAGCAGGUCGUGUGUCCGCCCUGCCUCAGCCUCUGUGCUCGACUCAACCAACUUUUCUCUGCCACCGACUACCAGUCCAAGACCAAACAGCGCGAGCAGAGUGCUGUGGUUUCAUCGAGUGGUGGAGGCAACAGCGGUGCUGCCAUAGCCCCCACCAACAGUCAGUUCAUCGGCGUGGGCGUGAGUGCUGCUCUACGCGGCAGUCGUGUACGCGAGGUCCUCACGCAGAGUCUUGAUGACAUUUUACGUUCCUCGAACUCUCGUCGCGCCCUGCUGGAAGAGGACGCUAAGUUGGGCCUUCCUGCUCGUAAAAAAGUUGCCCUCGAAGAUGAAGAAUACGAGGACCCGAGGCCCGAAGUGGUGCUCUCACAAGAGCAGUUUGUAGAGAUGAUCGACAUUCGACGACCUGAGGUCGGUGGAACUAAGAAGCAUCUCUACAAGAGCUGCAGCUACUGCAACUACCGUGCCAAGACUCUCCUGGCUCUAUUCGUACACAUGAAGGUGCAUUUGGGCGUCAUGCGGGAAGUCUGCUCCAAAUGUAAGGCCAGCUUCUCAGAUAAGCACGCACUGGAGAAGCACAGGAUCGAGACACAUGGCCAGAAAACUCCCGAGUGUCCUGUAUGUUACGUUGAGCUAACUAACAAUGAUCAGCUGUACGAUCAUAUGAAUAGGCACCGCACGCAUCAUCCAUUCAUUUGCUCAUUCUGCUCGGACAGCUUCUUCACUCUGGACGCCUACAAAAAGCACUUGAAGUCAACGCACAAGAUUAAGGCUGUAACUGACCUCCAAAUCGGAUGCAAGACGUGCAACGUUCAUUUUUACACACAAGAUCACCUGAUACUGCAUCGUGUGAACAUGAACCACAACGACAUUGAUCUGUUCACCUGCAAAGUGUGCGGGUUUGACUUCGACACAGCCGCCAGCUUCCGUGAGCACAUCAUGGAGCACACUGAAGAAGAGCGCGAUGUUGCCAACAUCGCCGUGUGCCCGACUUGCUUCAAGGUCUUCUUCUCGGCCUACAGACUCAACUUCCAUAUUGAGCGUUCCCAUCUCAUGCCUAAAUCAAGUAAAGACGCCGAGCAGCAGGAGAAACUGCAACAGCCGCACCAACAACAGCAGACCGUUUUCAUUCACCAACCCACGAAUAAGACCACGAAAGGCCCGUACAUGAGAUACCUGAAACAGACAGAGAAGAACAUAUGCAGUUUGUGUAAUAGAAGAUUCAAGACAGUCGAAAUUCUGCAAAGCCACAUCCAUUUCUGCCACAAGGGCAACAAAUUUGAUUUUUCCAGCAAGAAAUUGGACUUGCUUGAUAAGGGAGAGGAAACUCAAGUGACUGAGUACGUGACUCUGCCAAACAGUGCGCAUUUGGCUGAUGGCUCAAGUAUGGUCAUCGAUAACAACGUGGUGCACAUGCAAAAUGGAGAAAUGGUCGAGAUGAGCCAUGACAUUAUGGACGGUAGCAACAUGAUCCAUGUCGAUGCAGACAUGAUGCAGGUAGCUAAUGACCUGGUCCAAGUUGGUAACAGUUUCGUUAGCCUGAACACGACAGUGAUGCCAGACAACAACACGACGUUCGUGACUACAGCGGCUGGAAUCGCUGGCUCUGAACAUCUCAAACAAGAUUACCGCUGUGACUUGUGCGGCCGCAAAUUUGACAACGACGCUCAACUAAGCUCUCACAUCAAGAUCCACUCCGGCAACCGUCCUGUUUUUCAGUGCGAGGAAUGUGGCCAAAUUUAUAGCAAGAAGCAGCAGGUGCUGGAUCACAUACGGAUUGAUCAUGCGGACCAAGUGCAGCAGCACGCUUCUCAGGUGCAGCAACAGCAGCAGCAGCAGGAUGAAGCAGCGGCCGAGCUACACUCCUCGGCAACUGAAGCUCCUCUUUUGCAUUUCGUGGACCAGGCCUCCGAGCAGCAAGUGGAGGUGCAGACUGCAGCCCAGGACGAUGUCAUGCUCCAGUUGCAGGACUUUUAAGGUUACCGAAUUCUGACGUCAAGUGGUGUUACUGUCGCGUAGUUUAAUGCUUAUUUAAGCCUGAAUAUCGCCUAUUGGGCGCUGAUCAUAUGUUUAGGAGUGAUCUCCCGCUUGGAAAUCUCUUUGUAAAUCUUAAGUUUCAAAAUUACGCGAUCCUGCAGAAAUGCCUUCAUGUUGGGUUACAAAAUAUUGAAAAAAUUCCCAAAUUAUCUCUUUCAAAACUUAAUGCCUUGUAUUAAUAAGCGGUUUGCGCUUCACUUCAGCGACCUGCUGCGUUUUCUUUUUUGCUGUUAUUUUCUGUGUCCCAAUGUUGACUUCAAAUUUAAAAAUUUGUUACUAAGUUCAACAAAGGGUUUUGCAGUUUGAAUACGAACUUUUUAUAAUGUCAUUUUAUAUUAAUUCAUGUUUACUUUUAGAUAUCGUGGGAAUUUUUCAGUUUUUUACGGCUCAAUCUUAGCACACAAUGCGUUUCUUAUGGUUUACAUAUUAUUCUACGGCUCUAUUUCGACAUGCAAUUCUUUUUCUCGCUUGAUUUGUGUUAGAAUAAACGAAAAAAAAAUUUUUUUUGCUAUUUAGGCUAUCGACCAGAUACGGAAUAUGUCAGUUAUGUGUCAGUUUUCAGUUCGAGAAUGCACAGGUACGGUACUUAUUCACUCUAAUUACACUCAACAGUGCGAUUGUCGAACAAAAUAUAAAAUUUAAAUGGAUCUAUUUUUUGGUUCCAAAAAUUGUGUUGCUUCCCAUCCUAGUUCACGUUUCAGUUGUUACCUACACCUUCUUUAUAUAUUUGUGUUUUUCUUUAGAUUACUUUAUGUAUAGUGACAUGCUAGAGGCUUGAAUGGUAGGUUUCGGAGAGUGUUGAAUUUCGAUGUACAAUAGAUUUGAAAUUUUAUUUGCCUUGGGCAGAGCGUAAUAAUGCCAUGUUUAGACUAAAAUGAAUAAAUGCGUUUAUCAUAGUAUUAUACUAUCGCUGGAAUUAAAUUUCUAAAACCUGCUACUUUUUUGAGCUUUGUGAAAUUGAUUAGCUUGUAUUGUUGCCUCAUAGGUUUAUCCUUAAGUUAGAUUGAUAGUUUAUCGAGUACCUGUGUUGUUCACUAGCUGCUAAUAAAGUUCUCUUCUCGAGA